UUCUCUUUAUCAUUGAAGUGGUCAGCCCCGUUCAAGUCACAGGAAGCUUAAACCGCAUCUGCGUCGGCAAUGAUAUGGACUAUGCAGUCACAUGCUCGAGCGGCGUCGUCUCGACCGGUAGUGGCAGCCGUGCGCUCACCGCUGUCGUUGUCCAAGGAGGCAUUUUGCUCGUGUGCUUGGGCGCAUCGUGGCUGCAGAUGCGAGGCGCCAAGCGCGCUGCGACCGAGGCGUCCCUUCUCGUAAGCGGCAUAGCUCAAGCCUAUAUCGUCACCGAGACGUCGGGAUCCUCCCAGUUUACCAUCGACCACGUCGCAUGCGUUCUCAUGGGGCUCUUGCCGCUGCGUUUCCGAGGUGCCGACUACACGUUUGACAUCAAGCUCUGGCUGGUCCUGCGUGACGAGCUGUCGUCGACGAGCUAUCUAAAAGUCUUUUCACGGCCGGCGUUUGCUCGGCAAACCGUGGUUGUGAAGCCACAAGUUGCACCUACUGUCCUCGACGCAGAGCCUCGGUCAAUGCCGCGAGGGUAUACGAUCAUUCGUGUCUUGGGUCUUGGCUACGUGUCCUCGUCGAUCCUUGGCUCGGUCUCGUAUCUUAGUGUCUCGGAAGUCAACUUGGCGAAUGAUGUGUACUGGGCCAUCUUCAACACCACCGGCGCGCACGCGUUUAUCGCCAACUGGCUCAAGGAACGGGGAUAUGAGAUCAAAGGUGCAAAGAGGUUCAUUUGUCACUUUGAAUAA